CUCAUGCGUCACUGCCGCGGCGGCGCCUAACGCGCGUGCUCCUCCAGCGUCUUCUAAUGCGCAUGCGUCACCUCUUCACCUGGGGCGGUGGCGCGCUGCUCCGGCCGCCGGCGUCUCUAUGGUUGAUCCCGCCCAGUGACCCACCUUCAUCCCCCGUCUCCACCGCCCGCCAUGAAUCACGGCCCCCAGCUCAUCACCUUCACCCGUGCCCGGGAGCAAUCGGACUGCUGGAAGGAUGGGCACCUCCGGAAACAGGUCGGCUCCCCUGCCAACCACCGGGAAAAGGAGGGGGACGGGGAGGGCGAGGAAGCCCGGAGCUUCUACGAGAGUCUCCUGGCCUCGGAUGAGAGCUCCAGCCUCCCACAGAAACGCAAGGCUCCGCUGAGGCGCUCCAGGGUGCUUGAGCCACCCAUCGCCCGACCAGGGCAGACGGACCCUCGUAGGGGGAACCUCCUGCUGAGAUCGGCCCAGGAGGGUGACAUGGGAACCCUGCGGCGGUUGCUGGAGAAGGAGGGGUGUGAUGUGAACUACCGGGACGGUUACUACUGGACGGCGGUGAUGUGUGCCGCUUACGCAGGCCAGGGGGAGGCUGUGAGGUACCUGCUGACCCGGGGAGCCGCAUGGGUGGGAGUGUGUGAGUCGCAGGGGCGGGAUGCGAUGGACUUAGCCGAGGAAGCCGGGCACCAGGACGUGGUGAGGAUCCUUCAGGAGCGUGAAACGGCUCAGCCAGAGGAGAGGAUGGCCAGUAGGAGGACUCCAGCGGAGAUGAAAUACUGCUCCGUGUGCCAGACACAUUACAGCGAAGACAGUGUGGAGCUCCACGAACGCUCCACAGCCCACCUCUUCAACCGGCGCGACCCGCUCCCUCCAACUCGCUACCACAUCCCCGAGAGCAACGUCGGCUUCCAGCUCAUGGUCAAGGGGGGCUGGGACUGCGAGGCUGGGCUGGGGCCUGAGGGCACCGGCCGUAAAUUCCCUGUCCAGACCAUCCUCAAGAGGGACCAGAAGGGCUUGGGUUUCCAUAGCGACCUCCGGCCCAAGGUCACCCACUUCAAUGCCAAUGACUCCAGUGCCGUGGUGCGGCCCAAGGAGCAGCAGCCUAGGACAGAACGGGCAGCUACAGUGGGGAAGAGAGAGGCCCGUCGCAGAGAGGCCAAAGCAAAGGCCUGGGAGCGUGACCUCCGCACCUACAUGAACCUUGACCUUUGAACUCUUGAGGUCAACAGCCCCUAUUGUU